GCCCACGGCGACCGCCGCGGCCCCCGCGACCGCGACCGCGACCGCGACAGCGACAGCGACAGCAGCGGUGGAGGACGCCGCUGAGUCGGAGGGAGCGCAGCGCAGCUCGGCCACGGACCUACUUACGCGCCUCGGCUCAUCGUCUGCUUUUACGAGUUUACAACUUUUCUAAGAACUUUUGUGUACAGAGGAACUUUCCAAAAAAAAAGCAAGCAAGCAAGCAAAAGGCAUCUCCCGUUUAUAUUUAAUCCAAAGGAGGAUCUCGGGCAGUUUGGGGUUUUUGGUUUUGGCUUCGUCUUUUUUUUUUUUUUUCUCCUCUUCGUUGACUUUGGGGUUUGGGUACCCCCACUGCUUCGGACUCCCGAGGACCUUCCGGGCCCCCACAUUAAUGAGGCAGCCACCUGGCGAGUCUGACAUGGCUGUCAGCGACGCUCUGCUCCCGUCCUUCUCCACGUUCGCGUCCGGCCCGGCGGGAAGGGAGAAGACCCUGCGUCCAGCAGGUGCCCCGAAUAACCGCUGGCGGGAGGAGCUCUCGCACAUGAAGCGACUUCCCCCGGUGCUCCCCGGCCGCCCCUACGACCUGGCGGCGGCGACCGUGGCCCCCGACCUGGAAGGCGGCGGAGUCGGCGCGGCCUGUGGCGGCAGCAACCCCGCUCUGCUACCCCGGAGGGAGACGGAGGAGUUCAACGACCUCCUGGACCUGGACUUCAUCCUCUCCAACUCGCUGUCCCACCCGGAGUCCGUGGCCGCCACCGUGUCCUCGUCGGCGUCGGCCUCGUCGUCGUCCUCGCCGUCGAGCAGCGGUGCGGCCAGUGCACCCUCCACCUGCAGCUUCAGCUACCCGAUCCGGGCCGGGGGGGACCCGGGCGUGGCGCCGGGCGGCGGCGGUGGCGGUGGCGGCGGCGGCGGCGGCGGCCUCCUCUACAGCCGGGAGCCCGUGCCCCCUCCCACGGCCCCCUUCAACCUGGCGGACAUCAACGACGUGAGCCCCUCGGGCGGCUUCGUGGCUGAGCUCCUUCGGCCCGAGUUGGACCCAGUGUACAUUCCGCCGCAGCAGCCGCAGCCGCCAGGUGGCGGGCUGAUGGGCAAGUUCGUGCUGAAGGCGUCGCUGAGCGCCCCCGGCAGCGAGUACGGCAGCCCGUCGGUCAUCAGUGUUAGCAAGGGCAGCCCGGAUGGCAGCCACCCGGUGGUCGUGGCGCCCUACAGCGGCGGCCCGCCGCGCAUGUGCCCCAAGAUCAAGCAGGAGGCGGUCUCGUCGUGCACGGUCGGCCGGCCCCUGGAGGCCCACUUGGGCACCGGACCCCCUCUCAGCAACGGCCACCGGCCGCCAGCGCACGACUUCCCCCUGGGGCGGCAGCUCCCCAGCAGGACUACCCCGACCCUGGGUGCCGAGGAACUGCUGAGCAGCAGGGACUGUCACCCCGCCCUACCACUCCCCCCGGGCUUUCACCCCCACCCCGGGCCCAACUACCCGCCCUUUUUGCCAGACCAGAUGCAGCCACAGGUCCCACCGCUCCAUUACCAAGAGCUCAUGCCUCCUGGUUCCUGCAUGCCGGAGGAGCCGAAACCAAAGAGGGGGAGAAGGUCAUGGCCCCGGAAAAGGACAGCCACUCACACUUGUGAUUAUGCGGGCUGCGGCAAAACCUACACGAAGAGUUCUCAUCUCAAGGCACACCUGCGAACCCACACAGGUGAGAAACCCUACCACUGUGAUUGGGACGGCUGUGGGUGGAAAUUCGCCCGCUCGGACGAACUGACGAGGCACUACCGCAAACACACCGGGCACCGCCCCUUCCAGUGCCAGAAGUGCGACAGGGCCUUCUCCAGGUCAGACCACCUCGCCUUACACAUGAAGAGGCACUUUUAAAUCCCCAAACAGUGGAUGUGACCCACACUGCCAGAAGAAAAUUCAGUAUUUUGUUUUUGUUUUUGUUUUUACCUUUCACACUGUCUUCUCUCCCACCCUGGGGAGAGGAGGAACCCAGCUAGAAAGCACUACAAUCAUGGUCAAGUUCCCAACAAGCCAACUUGUGAGUGGAUAAUCAGGAGACACAGGAAACCAGAAGACAAAUCAAAGAAACAGAUGGGGUCUGUGACUGGAUCUUCUAUCAUUCCAAUUCUAAAUCCAACUUGAAAUAUUCCUGGACUUACAAAACACCAAAGGGGGGUGACUGGAAGGUGUGGAUAUCAGGGUAUAAAUUAGAUCCAUGAGAUGGGGGGAGGGAAGACCAGAAUUCCCUUGAAUUGUGUUUCGAUGCAAUAUAAGCAUAAAGAUCACCUUGUAUUUUCUUUGCCUUCUAAAAGCCAUUAUUAUGAUAUUAGACGAAGAGGAAGAAAUUCAGGUACAGAAAAUGUGUUUUAAUAACCUAAACGAUGGUGCUUGGUGAGUCUUGGUUCUAAAGGUACCAAAUGAGGAAGCCAAAGUUCUCAAACUGCUGCAUACUUUGACAAGGAAAAUCUAUUUUUGUCUUCCGAUCUACAUUUAUGACCUAAGUCAGGUAAAUACGCCUGGUUUACUUCUUUAACAUUUUUUAUGCAGACAGUCUGUUAAUGCACUGUGGUUUCAGAUGUGCAAUAAUUUGUACAAUGGUUUAUUCCCAAGUAUGCCUUAAGCAGAACAAAUGUUUUUUUCUAUAUAGUUCCUUGCCUUAAUAAAUAUGUAAUAUAAAUUUAAGCAAACUUCUAUUUUGUAUAUUUGUAAACUACAAAGUAAAAAAUGAACAUUUUGUGGAGUUUGUAUUUUGCAUACUCAAGGUGAGAAUUAAGUUUUAAAUAAACCUAUAAUAUUUUAUCUGAA